AAGGCGACGGCGGUCGUCUGUUUCUGUGCUAACCUCCUCUGAAAAGCGAAAUUUCUUCAACAGACAGUGAACUUGACUCACUUUCAUGCCCAGCUUAUUAUCCCUUCUACUCGUUGGAGCUCUUGGCUGGGCUCUGGAAUGACGGCGUGUGCGGAGAAUUUGAAUUAGCUCGCCGUUAGUUGGAAGAGACUUGAGUCCGGGUAGAGACGGAGAGGAGCCAUUUUGUCCCGACUGUGUGGGAGAAGAGAGAGUGGAAAAGAGGAAUCAAACGGAAGGAGAUUUUAAUUUUGGGAUUUUUUUGUUCUCAUGUUGUAGGGAACGGAAACAUUCGGGUUUGGGGAUUUUUGAACUUCUCGGACACGUUAUUUGGGUAGGAUAAACAAAUCCCGGAUUGUUAACUGUUAGAAAGCGGACUGGAGCGGGCUGGUCAGGUUGGCCAAGGCGCUGGCUUUAGACUUCACAUAGGCGUGCUAGUUUAUCGGCUUUGUUCUUUUGUAUCUGGGUGAACACAUACUGGUUUUCUCAAUGGCGAAGAAGACGUACGACUUGCUGUUCAAGCUGCUUCUGAUCGGUGACUCGGGUGUGGGGAAGACCUGUGUGCUGUUCCGCUUCUCUGACGACGCCUUCAACACAACCUUCAUCUCUACCAUAGGAAUAGACUUCAAGAUUAAAACUGUUGAAUUACAAGGAAAGAAGAUCAAACUACAGAUCUGGGACACAGCAGGUCAGGAACGGUUCCACACCAUCACCACCUCCUACUACAGAGGAGCGAUGGGCAUCAUGCUGGUCUACGACAUCACGAACGCCAAGAGCUUUGAAAACAUCAGCAAAUGGCUGCGCAACAUUGAUGAGCAUGCGAACGAGGAUGUGGAGAGAAUGCUGCUAGGCAACAAGUGUGACAUGGAGGACAAGAGGGUUGUACUAAAAACCAAGGGGGAGCAGAUUGCGAGGGAGCACGGCAUUAGGUUUUUUGAGACGAGCGCCAAGGCCAACAUCAACAUCGAGAAAGCUUUCCUCACAUUAGCAGAAGACAUCCUCAAAAAGACGCCUGUUAAAGAGCCCAACAGUGAAAACGUGGACAUCAGCAGUGGAGGCGGAGUCACAAGCUGGAAGAGCAAAUGCUGCAGCUGAACAACUUCUCAGUUUCAUCCACACUAACGAACAGACACACACAUGCACACACACAUUCUCUCUUAAACUGCUAACUGUCUCGCCCUCUAACUGUCAUGAGUUUUCUUUUACACUCACACACACUCUCUCUCUCUUUCUCUCUCUCUCUCUCUCUCUCUCUCUCUCUCUCUCUCUCUCUCUCUCUCUCUCUC